GUAUAUAUGUAUCGAAAUCAUUCUUCCUUUUAAAAUGAACUUGCUAAGUAAAAUGAUUUUAUUCUUGCUGCUUUGCGCACUUCCAUGUACUGCUGGACAAGAAUUACAUAAGAAGGACUCUGUGUCACACAUACUCGCGGAGUUAAAAAACUUGCAAAAUGCUCAGAAAAUAUACACAAAUAAACUAUCGGAGCUUGAUGAGUUCAAAUCCCGCGUUUUAUCUUUAGAGAACAGCGUGAAAAACUUACAAGAUACAGUGAAGGAUUUACAACGAGAGAAUAAAGAACUCGUCUCUACAUUGCAUCGGCUUGAAACCAGUAAUGGGCAAAACAAAAAUGUCAAUGACUAUGAGUCGAAAACAGAGGGUACUGUUGAAGAAACAGCAAGCGAUGACAAUAGAGACAAAAGCCAUAAUGCCACAUUCCCGUUGCAAAAAAUAUUUAAAGAAUCCAAGAAAACGAACAAGCAUGACCAAAGAAUUCGUCAGGUAACUGAUGCACAUAUUGCAUUUACAGCCGGUCUCUCUGCACAUUUAUCACUUGGCGACCAUCACACUGUUAUCUACGAUCAAAUGUUUACCAACAUUGGCAAUGCGUACCAUCCUCACACUGGAAUAUUCAUUGCUCCCUAUAAAGGAGCUUACGUCUUCUCUACAAAAAUGAUGUUGUUUCCAGGAGAAGAGCUAUAUCUAGAGAUUGUUAUAGAUGGCAGUCCUGUCAACUACAUUUAUUCGGACUCCACAGCUGCAAGUCACUACGCAUCUGCAACAAAGGAAUGGAUUCUUGAAGUGAAUAAAGGAUCGGAAGUAUGGAUCCGCUCUAAUGGUCAUGGCAGACUUCAUGGGGGAUUACAUUGUAUUUUUUCGGCAUUUCUCUUGUUCGAAACACAAUGA